AAAACUAUGAAUUCUUAAACUAAAUCUUCUUGCAAUAAAUCCCUAUAAUUCAAUUGCAAUAAAUUACUUAUUAAUUUAUAUUAUCCUGAAAAUCAAUUUGGCAACGUUGCAAACAUUCAUUCUACCUUGAUGAAUGGGUAUCCCACUAGUUUUACUAUCCAUUCAAAGUUGGGUGCUUUUUCUCGAUAAAAUAAACUGUUUUUAAACAAAAACAGCUUCUACUUAAAAUUGAGGCCCCAUUUAUUGAAUUUCCAGUUAAAAAUGCCCAUUAAAAACACCAAAAUGAUCAAAAAGUGAGGCGCAACAGGUGCAUUGAUCCCAUGGACCACCAUAAUCAUCUGUCAGAAAUUUUUCACCAUGAAUUUGUGUAAAUUUUAGUGUUUUUCUGGAAUUUUUGAGUGUUUUUGUGGUGUUUAAACAAUAAGGAACCCAAUUAGGCUCUUCAUUUUACUUAAAAUGAUCCAUUCAAGGCCUUAAAUGAGAUUUGUAUUGAAAACAUUGGUGGACUACUGAAUGAAGUUGUUACACAUUUUGGGAAUUCUGUCGUUUUAAAAGCCUAAACUGAUGCCUCCAAUUGAUUCAAUCCAACCCCGGUACCUCUGCUCCAGUUCUAAUGGUUCUCAGGCAAAGACAAUCUAAAAUGUCAUCAGAACAGCCCCUCAAAAAGAAACCCAAACAUGCCGACGAUCCCGCAGAGCCUGACGAAACUGACUUCAUUUGCAACAAUGGAGUGCAGUCCAAUUUGCAAGCCCUCCACCUCACGGUCAACGAGGACGAUUUGGAGUACGGUAAUAGAAAAAACUUUAUUAGUGACAGUGAUAAAAGUGAAAACGAUAGUAGUAGUACCAGUAGCCAAUCAAUACCUCCAGCUCCAAAUAUAAUUAUUAAUUUGGAAGUACAUUCUGAUGAUGAAACACUAAACACUUUUCAGCAACACUUAAUCAAACAAUGUUUGUGUGGCAUGGAAGAAACAAUUUUAACUGAACAACACAAUGUGAUUUUACUAGAAUGGCCUCACAGUAGGAUUUUACAAUUCUUAUCCAACCUUCAGUUGUUGUUUGAUGUUUAUCUCAAACAAAACAACAAAGGAUUUAUUUGUUCAAAAAUCAUCAGUAACUGUGAAAUGGUCCAGUUCAAUCAAUGUAAUUUAAUAGAACAAAUAAUUUCUUUAAGCGAAACUAGAAAUAAGUGUGUACAUUAUUUAGCAGCCAGAGUGCUCAGUAGUUUUUUAAUAAUGGCCAAAACUAACAUCAACAAUGAAUGGAUUGAAACUAUUUUAAGUUACUUGACUAAUGAAUCUAUUAACUACACUAAAUUGAAUUUUGCACUCGAAAUAAUCAAACGCGUAGUUGAAUGGAAAGAUAUUGAAAUUCAUGUGCUCGAAGACACUGAACAAAAAACUUCAAAUAAUUCUAGUUGUGUCAGGGUGCCUUUCAGUGACUCUGAAAGUUUCGAUACUUCAGGCAUUAAAGGCCUCAUAAUUAAAAGCCUUGAAUCAAAAUGGCCAGAUUUGAUUCAUAAAAUACAAACUUUGAUUUCUAAUAAUUCUUCUGUUGAGAUUCAAACUUGUAUUUUGACUUUUUUAACACUUUGGGAGGGUAUUAUAUCAGUUAAGGCUAAUUUAAGUGUGAUUGAUAUUAAGCCUUUUUAUGCUCACUUGGAAACUUUUAUAGGUAUGCUGAAUAAUAAUUUACCGCCGAUAAUUUGGAAUCAAUUAUUGUCUUUAUUUAAUGAAGUGUUGUGUUAUGGUAGUACAUUGGCGUUGCAAGAUAUGGUUCCUGAUGAUACUUGCCAAUUGGCUCAUUUAAUUGUAAGGUAUGUUAAGGAUUAUAGGUUGCUGGAUAGUUUGCCUUUUAGGCGAGAGCCUGGCAAUACUGUUAACAGUUUUGUGGGUACUAUUCCAAGCACUGAUCCAAAUCAGUCAAAUGUGGACAGAACUUUGCUUCAAAAAAUGGUUUUGUUGGUUUUGAAAUCUGUUGCAGUUACUAUAAAGGAGACUAGAUCUGAUAGUUCAGAUUCCAGUGUUGGAUCUGAUGAUUAUGAUUUCUAUCAAGAUAUGCAGCUGAUUGAAAGAUCAAUAAGAGAUGUUUUGAAAAAAGUUGAUGCUUUUAUUAAAAAUGCUUCAGAUUUUCAUCCUGAGACACCUUUUAGUAAAACAAUGGUGCAUUUGUUUAAUGAUCAAGAUAAUUAUCUAAUUGAAUCAAUGGUUUGUACUUUGGAUAUAUCUGUGGGUAUUUCUUAUAGGAACGCAGUUUUUCCUGAUUUGGCAACAAUGAUAAACCCUAUUCAUUCUUUUAUAGAAUUUUUAAAGAUUUUUAAUCACGAUUCAGAUGUGCUAUUGGACUAUCUAGUUGGUAGUGAAACGUGUUUUUUGCUUUAUCUGUUGCGAUUUCUCAAAUAUACAAGACGAAAUUGGACGAAAUUUGUUAGCAGUUGUGUUGAAGGUAACACAUCUAGAAGUAAUGAAUUGGACGAUACCAUGGCAGUGUUGAUAAGGUUGAAUAUGCAAAUCAAUCGGUUGGUUUCCAGAGAUCUGUUUCCUUAUAAUAUUAAUCCAAUUUUAAGACUGCUUACUGUUUGUGAAAGUUUGUAUGAUGGCAAUGAGUAUAGUUGAUGAUCAGUGGUGUAUCUACCGGUGUGCCAUGUGUGCAGGCCCGGGCCCGUGAGCUCCAUAGCGAAACUGCAAAAAAAAAAAAACGUAAAAAAAUCGAGAUUACACCAAGAAAAAAAAAGUAGCUACAGAAACUUCAACAUACUGAAACAGGAGAUCCUUCCAAGACCCAAAAUAGGAAUUCUAGGCUUCAAAAAUUUUUCGCAUUUAAAAAAUUUUCGGAUGGAAAAUGCGGCCCUGAUGUAAUUUUGACGCGUUGCUAUGACAAAAGUGACAGAAUCUCAGACAGAAGUGUCGUAACAAUAUGGCGGAAGUGGGAUAUGCUUUUUUCUCCUUAUGUCGCCUCCUUAUUAUUCUACCUCAAUGAUUUUUCCUUAAUUUUGUUUAAAUAAGUCAAUUUUCUUUGAAUUUUUCCUGGAGUGAUUUUUCACUGGAAAAUUUCGAAAUUUCCCUAUAAUGAGCUCCUCACUUUUAAAAUUUUCCCUUUAGCAGUUUUCCAAAAAAAAAUUUAAAUGUGAAAGGAUGAAUUUUGCUUAGAAAAGUCAAUUUUCCAACAUUCCUUAGAGUGAUUUUUCACUAGAAAAUUUUGAAAAUUUCCUAUAAUGAACUCCUCAUUUUCUUCUUUCUUCUGGACAAAUUUCACAAGUUUUGCUUUAUUAGUUUUCCAGAAAUAAAUUAAAAUGUGAUAGUUUUUCUUAAUUUUACUUGAAAAAAUCAUUUUUUCAGAAUUUUUCCUGGAGCGAUUUUCCAUUGGAAAAUUUUGAAAUUUUCUUAUAAUGACUUUCCUCUUUUUCCUCUUUUGCUAAUUUUCUAGGAAACAAUUGUGAGAGGAUGAAUUUUCCUUAAUUUUACUUGAAAAAGUCAUUUUCCAGAAUUUUCCCUAGAGUGAUUUCUCACUGAAAAAUUUCGAAAUUUUCCUAUAAUGAGCUCCUCACUUUCCUUUUUUUCUUGGAAAAUUUUCAAAAUUUUCCCUCUGCCAGUUUUCCAGAAAAAAAUUAAAAUGUAAGAAGUGAAUUUUCCUUAAUUUUGCUUAAAUAAGUCAAUUUUCCAUAAUUUUUCCAUGGAGUGAUUUUUCAUUCGAAAAUUUUUGCAAUAAUUUCUGUAAUUUUCAUAGUUUUUCGUAAUGUCCAUAAUUCUCGUAAUUUUUCGUUAUUCACGUAAUUUUUCAUAAUUUCCAUUUUUCGUAGAUUCUGUAAUUUUUUGUAAUAUUGAGAAAAUUUCCGUAAUUUACAAAUAAUUCCUGUUAUUUUGAAUAACUUUGAGUAAUUCCUGCAUUUUUGGAAUAAUUCCUGUAAUUCCCCAAUUUUUUUGUAAUUUCAGAAUAUUUUUUGAAAUUUUGAAUUAUGUAUAUAAUUCCUAUAGUUUUGAAUUGAUAAUUUGAAAAAUAUAAGAAUUGCAAAAAUUUCGGAAAAUUUUACGAAAAUUAC